AUGAGCUGGCCAAUGAACGGUGAAAACGCCAUAUCCGUACGAUCUGCAUUGAUUCAGGCACUUCUUUCCCAGCUUCCCAAACAAUCAACUCCAUCGACGAGUCUUGCAAACAGCUGGGCUAUGGAUUACCAGACCCGACCAGGCCAACAGCUGGCAUCUUUAUGGUCUCAACAGUACAGUGCCACUCGACCAGCCUAUGAGAAUGUAUGGGCUGGUGCAACUAGCACUUCAUCUAAUCAAUCCUUGACGCAAAGCUCUACCUCAGUCGACAGUGCGAUGUGGUCGGCGGAAUUUUUGGACAAUGCAGAAACAUCUCUACACUCGUCUCCUGUUUCGCAUGCACUAGCAAACGAAUUGGCAGAGAAUUGGGCACAGGCGUACACCACAGAGCAACAAAAUGUGGGCGAAAGGAUGGAGAGCGAGUGGGAGUCAAUUCGGCAGAAGUUGAAUAUAGAUCAAGCAGGAUACAAAACCCAAUCGGAAGCAUACGAUUAUCAGGUAAUUGAUUCCGCUAGGUAUACUAUGAUUCGCCAAUAA